AACACCGCAUACAUUCUAAUCGCCAAGUUAAAGUUCUGAAAUUAUUGAAAACCAUUUAAUUAAUUUUCUCUAGUAAAAACUUUUUACACUAAAGUGAAAAUAUAAUCAUUUUGUACAUGAAAUCAGUGCUAUCCUUUUAUACAAUUUAUUUUUUUAAACCGUUUCCGAUUUACUUUGAUUUAUUGAAUUUUUCGGAUCGCAAUGUUAUUAAAAUUUAAUUCGAACGAAAGAUCAACAGGAUACACUAAUGGGAAAGGAAAAACAGUAAAAUUGACAUCAAGACUUCAUCGUAAAACUAUCAGAAUUGCAUCUAAGCCUGGUAAAAAGACUCCCGGAAAAAAGAUUUCUUUUGGAAAGAAUCAAAAAAACUUUCAUGCUUCGAAGAACUUUCCACCGACAACAACUUCACUUUGCGACAAUUCGAAUGACUCAGGUCUUGGCUUUGAAGAAUCUCAUCAGCACCAUCUUUCAGCAUUAGCCUUGACGGCAACCAACGUCACCAGCAACAACAACAUCAACAACAACAACGCCAAUUAUCGACAAUUGAGCGCUCUCAGGUACAGUGAAGUUAUUCAAUCUCCAAGCACUGUCACUCAACCAGUUCAAGAGAAGAGUAAAGCGAAGCGUGUUGUGACAAUGAGUAGUAACAACAGUAGUCGAUCAUCGUUGGCAGCAAGACUCAAUCAAAGCUUCUCGCUUCGCACGGAGCAUGAAGACACGUGCAACAGUGACGACUUCUCGUCAUAUUAUGCCGAAAACAAAUCAAAGCUGGGCUCUUUGUCACCAACUGACACAUUUUAUCAAAGUUCACCCGAGAAAUUAUCAUUCUCGGGUUCUGAAGGCUCAUCUCCGGUAGCAUCAAGCGACAACAGCUCGUCUCCUUUAUCAUCAGCAGCAUUGGAGGCGUUUGAAGUCUUGCCAUCAUCACUGCAAAAGCAGUUCCAUCAUACAUCGCGAGAUGGAAGUGUUCAACUUCAAAUCGUCACACAACCAGAACAACAACAUCGUGCACGUUAUCAAACAGAAGGAAGCCGUGGUGCUGUUAAAGAUCGAAGUGGUAAUGGCUUCCCCGUUGUUAAGUUGAAUGGAUAUAACAAGCCGACAACUUUACAGGUCUUUAUUGGUAACGACGUUGGUCGUGUUUCUCCUCACAUCUUUUAUCAGGCAUGUAAAGUCAGUGGUAAGAAUUCAACACCAUGCAGUGAAAUGAAAACAGAAGGCACGAUGGUCAUUGAGAUAGAAAUGAAGCCAGAAAAUGAUAUGACAGUCAUUUGUGAUUGUGUUGGAAUAUUAAAGGAGCGUAAUGUUGAUGUUGAACAUCGUUUGGGACGCAACAAUGCAUUGACAGCAACAGUAACGAGGAACAAGAAGAAAUCGACAAAAUGUCGCAUCGUUUUUCGUGUGAAAAUCAACGAAGAUUCAGAAUUUCUUCAAGUUUGCAGCAACACAAUCACAUGCACGCAACCACCAGGCGUUCCUGAAAUAUGCAAGAAGUCUUUGGACUCGUGUAGUGUAAAUGGCGGUAAAGAACUUUUCAUAAUUGGAAAGAAUUUCUUGAAAGACACGAAAGUUACUUUCGUUCAAUAUGAAGAUAAUCGUCAAAUGAAAGUUUUAUGGGAAGAAACGGUCCAACCAGACAAAGAGUAUCUUCAACAAACUCAUCUGAUUUGCGUCGUUCCAUCUUAUCCCAAUUCUGAAGGAGUUUUAGAAGAAAUUCCUGUUCACAUUUAUGUUACAUCGAGCAACAAGAAGAGCGAACUUCAUAACUUCGCCUUCACUCCUUUCAGUGAAUCAGGAUCAGGAUCGUUUUCAAAUUCUCCCGUUUCACCCACUCCAACUGAAACGAUCACAUUGAAAACAGAAUUUAUUGAUCAAACACCGAUUGUCACUGUCAUUAAUGGAGGCGAACAGCCGCAGCAGCAGCAGCAACCACAACAAGAUGUGUUGACUUCAUCACCUGUUGUUGGUCUUGUUCAAACAUCAGUUCCCGGUUCGGUCAAAAACAUGAUGUAUGGCGAUAGUCCAAUGAUUGACGUGACUGGAAUUCCAAAUUCAUUUGUCAAUCAAGAGACGCAAGCACUUAUAGCAUCGUCACAUGUCCAAGACAUUCUUGACGGCUUUAAAAUGCCAUCAAGUGAGGGAACUAUUGAGAUGUGCCACAUAAAAAACGAACAACGAAGUCCUGAACAAGCAUCUUCACCAUCGCCACCACAACCGCCUGUUGCAAUGUUAUCCCCACACACGCCACCGCAACAAUUAAGUCCAGUACAACAGCAACAAGUCGUUGAGAAUUUCCUGAAUAUGAUUGUUCAAUCAUCAGUUAUGAGCGAUCCACCGUUGAUUGAGAAUCAUCAUCAUUUGCCUCAAGAUAUUGUUCUGAAUUCUCCAUCAGUUGUAACGACGACAUCGAGUGUCAUGCAACCUGAACAGUUAACAAACUCCCCUCCGACCAUAAUGAUCAAUAAUACGAUUGCGCCGGCAUUGUGCGGUGAACCGACAAUGAUGGCAGUUCAAAUGGUGCAAAAUGAGAUGAACACAAUUGGACCAUCAUCGAUUGAAGGUCCAUCAGCAAGUUCAAUUGUUUCAAAUGCUGUGUCAGAUGCCACUGCUGAAACGCAAGCUGUUGUUAAACAAAUGAUCGCUCAAGCGGCAGCUGAAAUCUUAUCAGAGAAUGUUACUGAAAAUCAAACAACGAUCAGCAACUUUAUUUCAAAUAUUAUGCCAGCCCCUGAACAACAACAGAUGGCGAAUACUCAACAAUUGCAGCAAAUGUUAGUUCAAGAGUUAAAUGGAACAAAUACAAUAUUACAAGAUGUUGUUAAGAAAGAUGAGAAGACUACGAACACAACACAAGAAGUAGGACAAAAUGUUUUAAUAAAUGCCACACCAGUUACAACGACAACAACUUCAAUAGCUCAACCUUUCUCGCCAACAACACAAGAUCUUACAACAAUGUCGGAAAGCGACUUGAUUAGUUUUAUUAAUCCGUCUGUCUUCAUGUAGGAUUGAAGUUGAGUAAAUUCAGAUGUCUGACAUUUUAUAUUGAUAAAUAUUACAAUUAUGAUUAUUUGCUACCUUCCAUUUAAAAUAUUAAACUGUUAAGUAAUCGCUGGACUGCAGUUAUUUUAAAUAUUAGAUCAACAUGCCCUUUUAAAACAUAGUACAAUGAAGUUUGUUUUACUCUAACAUUUUUCUUUCUUUCUUUUUGUUUAGAUAUGUAGUAAAUUUCUACUCUCUCAUUCUUCAAUCCUUUAGCUAUAUUUAGUUAUUCAUAAUUACCUUCCUUCUUCUUGUUUAUGUAAGUUUCUUUAGAAUAGUCACAAAUGCAACAUAGGAGACUCAACAGAAUAGAUUUAUGAAUGUCCAUUAAAAUCACUUAUUGGUCCAUUUUUUUAAUUUUAAUCAAACAAAAAGUUAAAGUUAUUGGGAAUUAGGGAUAAUUUGUAGCUUAAUGUCACGGAGAAAGUUGAAUUAGCAGAUCAUAAAAAUAAUGUUAAAAGCAUCAUUAUAAAAACGGAGAAAGAUGCCUUGGAAGUUAUAAAAAAUUUGCCAUAACUUUGCCUCAAAAUUACAAUCAAAACAGAGAACAAUGAAGAUCGUUUCAAUGAUUGCAAAAAGUCUUUAACAAACCAGCGUAGUCUUAAAUUUAUUAUAUUGAAACAUGUGCAAAUGCAAGUAAUUUGGUAAAUUAAAAAGGAAGAAUGAAAUGUUUUCAAAAACAAAUUAAAUCUAAACAAAAUUUCUUGCGAUAGUUAAGUCAUGAUUUAAGUGAAGAAGAGAAUGGAAAAGAAAUUCUAUUUUAUGAAUGUUAAAUGUUGAAGAAAUGCUUUUAAUUGUUAAUUUAAAAUAAUAUCGUGAGGAUAAUUUAUAUUCCAGUUGAAUAACUUUAUUAAAUUGGUAAUUUUAUCAGUGACGACUUCGUGGGAAAUAAAAGAAAAGAAAGAGAAAGAAAAGCCUUAAAAAUAAAACUAAACAAAUAUCUACAAUUUCAUCAGAUUAGAGAUAAAGAAAUUUUUUGAAAAUGAAGUGAAAGAUAAUUAUUUUGUAUCCCAUUUUGACGAUAAAUGAAAAAUAUAUAUUAUUAUGCUAUAAAAUGUUGUAAUCA